AUGGCCGAUCAGGCCCGUCCGGAUGCUUCGAACGCCCAGCGCGAUGGGACACCGACAAGCCCAAACCCGAAGCGACCCCGCGUCGACCCCGGAAUCGAUCCCGAUGCAACACCUCGUGGACUUCGCACGCAGCCCAUCAAUGCCGAAAACGAGACCGAGUCAGCAGCAUCUUCAGAUACAGGGAGGGUCUCGAAUCGCGCUCUCAGUAUUUGUAGUCAAACAUCCCUAGCGAAGAGCAGCGGCAGCAAAAAGAGAUCGCGUCAAUCGAGCCCGCGGAAGCAGGCUGCGCUGAUGGAGAUUGAAGAUGUCGCCGAAACGAUGACCUUCACGGGCCGUGCCGCCCCUCCAGAGCAGCUUAAAGCCCUCAAUUCUCGCCUAGAUAGAUUGAACAGGACGGGCAAAGGCAUCCUCUCUAAAUCCUCCAAGGUCCGUUCUCCUACGGCAUCCAUCCCUGCUGCAUCGAUACAAGAAGCAAAAGAGAACACAGACACCCAAAAUUUAUUUGAAAAUGUCACAGACGACUUUUUCGAGCCCGAUCAAACCCCAUCCCAGUCCAGUAUUGCAUCGGUCAUCACACGCACCGCGGACGAGCUGGGUCCCACACCCAGUGUACCCGACGUAAUGUUAAUAUGGUCCAAUGCCGAAGAUUGCAGGCACUUCAACCAUUUCGAAAGCCAGUGGAAUUGCGCCGUUCAUCACCUGGUCCUCCACGCCGCCUUCCGGGAUUCCAGACAUUUGGGCUUUUGCAGCAUAACUGGGGCACAGAUCCAUCCUGACUACAGCCAAAGUGGGAAGAGGUCGCACUACAACAAAAGAGUCGAUUUCUGCGUCUUCCUCAAGCAAGACACCCCCGCGCUUCGGGACGCCGCCAAGAAGUCACCAAUCAAAUCCGUUAACCAUACUGACUAUCCUGCGCUUCUAUCGCGACCAAUCUUCUUCAGCAUCGAGACUAAGGAUUCGGGCGACAAAUGGACGGACGCGGUCAACCAGAUGACAGUUUGGCUUGUUGCACAUUGGGACUUCCUCGAUGAUCAGGUCCUCCGGGCACAGGGCGUCGACACCUCUGGAGGAUCCAGACCAAAGACCUCAGCAGCAGCCCUCUCUGGGCUUGUUUUUCUGCCCGGCAUCAUCGUGCAAGGGCACGAUUGGCACUUUGUUGCGGUGACAAGAUCGGCGGACGGACGGACGCAAUAUUGGGACAAGACACAGAUCGGGACUACGCAAAGUAUCGAAGGGAUCUACAAGGUUGUGGCCGCAUUGCGAAUGCUGGGAUGCUGGGCGCAAGAGAUGUAUUUGCCAUGGUUGCAGCGUGCUGUGCUCUGCAAAGCAGAUGAAACUAGUGAACCAGUUAUGCAGCAGUCCCCUGACGCUGCUCAGCAUCAUACUCAGCAGGGGACUGCUUAA